AUGGUAAACAGAGAUGAGCCUAUUUCCAAAAAAUACUCUGAAACAACGGGAAAACAACCGAGGCUGAAUGUGUUAAUUAUGGUCAACGACGGAGUGUCGUUAUCUAGCGCCGCUCGAUAUAUUCCAAAAACGCUUCAAUAUCUGUCCAAUGAAAUGAACGGGACCAUCUUUACCGGGUUUCAUGCACUGGGUGAGAAUUCGUUGCCUAAUAUAUUUCCGGUUCUGACAGGAUUACCCCAUUCUGAGGCCAGUAUCGAUGCUCCGUUCAUAUGGAAACACUUCUCAGAACAGGGUUACAAGACGUUUUACUUGGAAGACACAAUAACAGCCACGAUCAGUUAUAUAGGCGACGGAUUCGCUAAACCACCAACAGACUACUACACACAUCCAUUCUGGGUGGCAAUGGAAAAUUCGUCCUUGUAUUGGGACUCACAGACUUUCUGUCUUGGUGAUAUGCCUAUACAUCGCAUUGCAAUUCAAUAUUUGGCCAAUUACGUGGAAAAACACCGAUACCAGUCAUAUUUUGCUCUUUAUUUUCUUAAUGCAAUAAGUCAUCAUUCAGACACGGUUAUUCAGUUGGGAGAUGAGGAUUAUCGAGACUUUUUAAUAGACCAAAAGAGAAUAGGCCAUUUUAACAACACGAUAAUGCUAUUUAUGAGUGACCAUGGUUCAAGGUUUGGGAGGAUACGCUCCACCCCUAUUGGUCACCUGGAAGCCAGAAACCCUAUGCUAAUAAUGGUUCUGCCACCAUGGCUCAGGAAGCAGUAUCCGCACAUAGCAGCAGCUGUGAACUCGAAUGCAGAUCGACUGGUUACUCCAUACGAUAUCCACGCCACGCUGCUGGAUAUCCUUCACUCGCGUUUACCAACUGUCACAGAGAGUACCGAUGGCAAAAAACAUGAAGGCGGAUCAGGGAAAGGAUUAAGUUUGUUCCGAAAUCUCCCCAUCAGAAGGACGUGUGCCUCAGCAGGUAUACCAGAAGACACCUGCACUUUAUGUACACCACUGGAACCAACUUUUCUAGAUGUCAAUUCUCAGAAAGCACACUUAAUUGCCAGCGCCGUAUUGGCCAGAAUAAAUGACAUCAUCAAUGCGACAUCUGAGUGCAACUUUCUACACAUUUCAAAGAUUAUCUAUAUCGCCAUAAUAUCUGGUAACAGACCCUGUUUUACUUAUAGUGUAAUUAUUAAGACAGUGCCAGGGAGGGGAAUAUUUGAAGCUUCUGUUCGUGAAACGACGGCAACGGCUUCUGUCUCCACAGAGAGCCAAUACUCUGUAAUCACCCCAGUCAUACGACUCAGUCUCUACGACAGCAACUGUUGCUGCACCGAUGACAAUAGUAUGAAUAAGUACUGUCACUGUAAAAUGACAACAAAACCAAUGCGCAGAAAAGACAUCCCUAACGGACAUUAAAAAAAACGAAUGCAAUGAAACUGACAGUUCACGUGGCACUGCAUUUACCACCAGAUACAUUUAGCCAUUUACGGUCUUGUUUCAAAAGCUACUAAAGCCAUCUUCUUAUAGUAAGAUUAUGGUCUAUACUUAGUAAUUCUAAUGAAUUGUUUUUAAAAUUUUACUAGUGCGUAUAUAUUGACAUUAUAAGUUGUAGUGUUUCUGAUUCAUUAACCAAUCAAAAUGACAGUUGAGAGC